GUUGUUUGUUGAUAUCACAUAGGCGGAAGUUUCCUGGCUCCUAAACUCCGCCUCUCCUUCGCGCAGUCUUUCAGCGCAUCCGCGUGCGCAGCUCAGGUGGCACUUGUCUUCGUGAAGCAGCACGAUAGGAGCUGAGAAUAACUUAGCCCCUGCAGAAGUUAAAUUGAGUUAAACUGGUAGUCUGUGCAGUCAAACAGGUGUACCCACACGGUGAGCGGCUGAACGGGACACAUGGAGGACACGGGCGGUGCCACUGCGUACGGGGUUUCGCUCGCGGGAGGAGGCUUCGACUUCUACAAGUUUAUCCGACAACCUCAAACCAUCGUGCGGAUACUCAGCUGGAUAUUUGCCCUGGUGGUGUUUGCCUCAAUCACAACAGAGGGACAUGUCAACACUCCCCACAGUCCCGAAGCAAAGUGCAUCUUCAACCAGAAUGACUCGGCAUGUCAUUACGCUAUCGGCAUCGGUGUGAUUGCCUUCCUGGCAUGUGUGGCCUUCCUGGUGUUGGACGUUUACGUGCCUUUUAUGAGCAACGCAAAGGAAAGGAAGUACGCUGUCAUGGCCGACCUGGGAUUUUCAGGGGUGUGGAGCUUCCUGUGGUUUGUGUGUUUCUGCCUGCUGGCCAGUCAGUGGGCCAAAACUCAUGACGUCAGCGGUCUCCCAGAGGACGCUGCCCGUGCCACCGUGGCCUUCUCCUUCUUCUCCAUCGCCACUUGGGGAAUCCUGACCUACUUUGCUCUGGUCCGUUUCCGGCGCGGCGUGAACGAUUCGACCCUCCCGACCUACACAGAGCCUCCAGAGGAUCACCACACCGCCUACCCUCCCACCUACGCCCCUACCUCCUACAACCCCACCACCUACACCCCUACCACAUACUCAACCUAUCCCAGCAGUGUGCCCGAUAUGCAGCCGCAGCCUCCCUUCACCCCCACCCCCCCGCCUCCAGCCGAUACCGGCUACCAGCCGCCCAGCUACUGAGAGAAAGGGACGAGGCGGCGUUUCCUCUGUCGGCUCACUGAUGGGAGCUGCACUGCGCAGGCUGAGCUAUAUCAUAUUGAUGUGAUUUGACAUUUGAUUCAACAAUCUUUCUAAGUGUUUUUCGACUUAAAAGCCUGAGCAGUGCAACUGCAAGGUGUAGAUGAGAGACGCUGCUGUUUACGUCAAAGGGUCUCAAGUCAGAUCUUAAGAAAUCAGCUGACCGUUGAGAUCAGUGCUGACUUUAGACCUGUGUGCAAAGAUGCAACUUUUUUUUACCUCAUAGGCUGAUCCUGCAGAGGAUAGGUAGUUAAAUUGAACCGAGGGGGUCAAAGGUCAUGUGACGUUGUGAAGAAUACCUGUGACGGCUCCAGCUCUCUGUUGGAACCUGACGAUGUGCAUUUGUACAUAGAUCCUACCGUGCAAAGCUGCCAUUUUAAUGGUUUUAUGUGCCUGGAUUUCUUUUCUUAUUUGGUUUAGUCAGUGGAUGCUUUCUCUUCAGUACAUUUAUCUUGAGGACCUUUAUUAAACUGUUGGGCGGGAUGUAAUAAAUUGACAAAUUAUUUUGUGGGAGUGCAUUGGCAAAAAGACCAGUAUAAGCCAAAUGUCCACUAUCUGUUUUAGUUUUCUAUUAAAUGUGGGUUCUGUAACGAUCAGCAGUUAGGUUUCUUAGCCAUAAAAACACAUCUGAAAGAAAGUUUUGCCAUCUAUGUGCUUCAUCUCAAUUACUACCACUCUUAAACAGACGUGUUUAAGACAGGUACAUGAACAUUCAUAAAAAACCCUCCAUUUCUUAAACAAAUCAGUAUUGGUAAAAGUGCAAAACUAGAGGCGUUUAUAGUCAGCCUAACCCUUUGAACUUGUAGCUAACAUCAAGACAGAGAAGAGGGAGGAGAAUGUAUUUAACUGCUCUUAUUGAUCAGGAUUAUCUGCAAAGAAUGUCCUCACCCUGAAGAAGAGUAACUUAUUAACUUCUUGAAACAAAGCUCCCUCUUCACACUUCCUCCAAGAACCUCAUGACAUUUAGGUUUGUUAACACUGAGGUUUUAUCUCCGGUUUACUGGCUCCUUAAUCUAAACUGCUGAAGAGCGACUACAGUGGACACACCGUCUUACUUUACAGAUGAACACCUCAGCCUGCAGUAGUGGGACUCAAACACCUCGCCUUAGAAAGACCGCUGCUUCUCUUUGUUGCUUUCUGCCUCAGUGAUAUGUCUAAACUGUCUAGAUCAGGUUCUGGCUGUUUCGGCCCUUAAUGCUUAACUCCUGUUGUCUUCGGGUCAAAUCUGACCGAUUUCCUACUUUCAUCAAUCAUAACUUUUUUGUUUUACAAUCGAUUGCA